UCAAUGUCUGUGAAUAUUUCGCGACCAGGCCAUCGGUAAUGGGUAUUCUUGGAAGUUUGCGUUCUCAAACGAGUUACGGGAACUCUAUCUUUGAGGUCAUCGCCUCCACCCGGUGAUCAGCCAUUCCUUCUUCGACAGGGCUGGAGGGGAAUAAAUUUCACAGAACGCGUCAUCCGUGGAGGGCUUCCUUUAUUCGCUGAGGAUCCGAAUUGACCAGUGGUUAUAAGGCUGGCGAAAGGGCUUCCCAUACCUGCCCCCAUUCUCAUACCAAGCGUCGUCUUUCAAACUCGAAUAUGCAAAUUAAGCUUGCUUUCUUUUCGCUACUACUCUUCCUACCACUAUCGCUAGGUGUAUCGUUUCAGCCACUCGACCAAAAUCCGGGUCUGGUCGACAAUGGAACAUUUGGCCCACCGGUUGAAAUUGUCCAUCUAUUUGAGGAGGAACCACCUAUUGGUAUAACCGUUGGCCAGUCAGGGAGGGCUUUUGUUAACUUUAACAGAGGUGACCUUGCCACGAAUCCGCUCACUGUAGCAGAAAUUGUCAACGCGACCGCAGAGGUACCCUUCCCCAGCUUAGAAUUCAACACGCCACCCGAUGGACUUGUUAACACUACCUCUGGGCGCACCUUCGGUUCAAGCGACUCGCAACACUUUAUCAACGUCCAAGCCGUAGUUUUCGACCCGAAAGGACGGUUGUGGGCGAUGGAUACGGGACGACCAGUCCUUGAAGGUGGAGAUAAUCCACCAGCUGCUCCUGGUGGACCGAAGUUGAUGGGGUUUGAUCUAAACAACUCCAGUUCGAAUUCGACCGCGCCCUUCAAGACCAUCACGUUUACGGAGGAUGUUCUUCCCGCUCUCGGAUAUUUGAAUGACGUUCGCUUCGAUUUGUCUCCCAAUCUUACGGCUUCUGGGGAGGGGAUUGCGUAUAUUGCUGAUAGUGGUGCCCAUGGUAUUAUAGUAGUCGAUCUGGGAACCGGCGAGUCAUGGAGACAUCUCGACCAACUUCGGUCUGUGAAUCCAGUUACGAAUUUCUUGGCUUCCUUCUUUGGAAGUCCAACAUAUCAAGCCUCUAUAUUACGACCUGCACUUCAUUGGGAAACUGUUGCUGGUGGCGGUAUCGACGGAUUUGCCAUAUCCGCCGACGGUCGUUUCCUCUACUUCACCCCUAUAGCCAGCCGAGACCUCUAUCGUGUCGAAACCGCACCUCUGCGUGUCAAUCCUGCUGAUGAUAUGUUCGCCACUAUUCGAGCUGCCCAAAACGUGCAGUACCUUGGACAGAUGGGUGGUGCCGCGGAUGGAUUCGAGACAGACGAUACAGGCCUCAUCUAUAUCAGUCAACCAGAGCAUAAUUCUAUCAAUACCUUCAACCCCAAAACUGGACUCGUUGAGCUGUUUGUCAGAGAUCCUAGGAUGGCUUGGCCGGAUACUCUUUCUGUUGCGGACGACGGAUUCCUUUACUUCACUGCAAACCAGUUGUGGCUUAGCCCUGUUUACCAGAACGGAACUGACAAGAGAGUGAAGCCAUUUGCGCUCAUUCGAGUACCUAUCCCUGGUAAACCUGUUCGGUUGAUGUGA